AUGGCAACCGAAGGCUUCCCAAAUCACCCUGUUUUCCAACAGCUCAUCAAGUCUAUCCCUUUGAACGAGGGGGUUAUCAUUCAUGACCCUAACAAUGAUAUCACUGCCACCUUUGAUCGUUUCAUGAACGAUGUUGUCGAACUGCGACGCACCAUCCGUGAGCAGAUUCCGGAUCUUCUCGACUCUAACGGGAUAAUCCGUGAUGAAGGUGUAUAUAUCUGCACUCUUGCACCGGCAAGUUAUGAGAUUUUCGUAGCUACCUUUGCCGUAUGGGCAGUGGGAGCGGCGGUGUCCCCGCUGGCAACUGGCCUUACACCCCAGGAGGUCUCUUUUCUCAUCCAAAGGAACAAAGCUGUGCUCCUGAUAGCCAGCGCGAGCCAGCGCGAUGCAGCUGCCGCAAUCCAGAGUUACAUCAAAAACGAGACUGGAAACGCUAUCAAAGUCAUUGGCGUAGAUCUCAACGUUCCAGUUCCGUCAACAAAACGCCAGUACCAUAUCGACGAGAAUAUCGUCUUUUCCCCACGCCGGCCAUUAAUUCUCCUCCAUACAUCUGGCACCACUGGCCUACCCAAAGGAGUUAUUCGCACAAUGCCUGCGUACGACCUCCGUACUGUGGCCGGUGCUUCGAACGAAGACCUCGCGCUGUGCCACCGUGCUGUUCACUGGGGAUUCGGAAUAUAUCCUCCAGUAGCUUCGAUCUCGAACGGCCCAGAGCAAAUAUGGGAGGUUAUCCGCCAGCAGAAAAUAACGAUGGCUUAUGCUACCAAUCUGACCUUGCUUCGUCUGAUGCAGUAUUACAAAGAGCAUCUGGCCGUGCUCGAACCCGAAAAGGUAAAGGAAUACAGUGAAGGAAUGAAGAAAAUUAAAUAUAUCGGUUGUGGUGGUGCAGUUCCCAUGCCCUCUGUCGGACAAUUCUGGAAAGACAUGCGUGGCAGCAUCCCCAUCACCAUUCUUUAUGGCACGACCGAGGGUGGUGGAGGGACAAGCACAACCCCUGAAGGCUAUGAUGUCACGAAGCGUGUGAUAGGCAAGCCCAUGCCUGGUGUUGAAGUCAAGCUUUCCGAAGGUGACCAUGGAGAGAUUCUGUUGAAAAGCGGUGAUCUAUUUCUUGGAUACCUUAAUAAUGAGGCUGCUACAAAGGCGGCAUUGGACGAGAACGGGUUCUACAAGACAGGUGACCUGGCCCACAUUGAGGAAGAUGGGAACUACGUUAUUGAUGGCCGAGUCAACGAAGAUUUCGUCCAUUCGAGAACCCUCAAAGUGGGAACCCUUGAGCUCGAAGAUAAGUUGUCGGAGCUUCCUUACCUGUCAGAAGCAUACGUCGUUGCUGUUCCGGACAUGGAGAUCCUGCACAGGGUAGCUGUCAUUGCCCGUCUCAAGCCCUCGUUCAAAGAAGAAGACGCCAACAUCUUAGGCCCGGACGGAAAGCCUACAUCAAACAUGCUAUUUAAAGUAAGGCGAGAUCUUACAGAACUGAAGGUUGCGCAAUACAAGCUGCCAACUCUUCUCCGCAUUCUCAAAGAUGACGAUAUUAUUCCACGGACGACGACCGACAAGGUGAUUCGAAAGAAAGUUAUACAGACCUUCUUCCCUCAGUCUGCCGAUUGCAAGGUAGAGGAUCUGCCUAAGGAAGUGCUUGUUUGGGAUUUGAAGAAUGACAAAAAUGCCGAGUCAACGGGGUUGUGGGACUGGGCCGCUGCCCAGGACUAA